UUGCAUAAAAGUUUCAAAAGUGUGGGAAGAUGUUACAUGUAUUCUCAGAUAUUAAUUGCUCCAAGGAGUUCUCUGACAGGAUGAAUCAUAUUUUAUAAUUUCUUUUUAAUUGCGUAACUUUUCUUCAUCUGGAUUGAGUAUUGUAAUUGUUCUCAUAAUUGUUAUCUUUUUUCUGGAUAUUUUCUUUUUUUUCACAUGUGUACUAGAGUACAAUUGAAGGAUUGUGGGUAAACAUUACUGUCUGUAAUCUCCACUUGCACUAACUUUAAAUCAGUGGCAAUCCAAUACAAGUAUCUGCCAAAAAUCAUAUACGCUAUCUUCUGUUUAAAUAUAUCAAUUGAUAAAAAAAAGACGAGUGUAGAAGUGUGCUCUCCCUCAUGCUCGCCGUAUUUUGUGUAUCUACACCACUGCAGUAGGAUUGUACUGGGUAACAUUCCUCCCUCUUGGUGUAAUACAAAUUACAGGACGUGCGCUGUAAUUGUAUAGGAAUAUUGCUGUGUGGCAAGAGGAAAGUGUACAACAAACCCUUGCUCUCGAAGCUUGCAUCAAAAGGCAUCUCACAGAAAGAAGUUCUUGGAAAGGUUAGGAUGAGUGAAGACCUGUUCCUUGGAUGUCUGUAAUGCUGGAACGAGAGACGGGAAAUUAAAGCAACCAGGAGAAAAUUCAGUGGUUCAGGAUUUAUUGUGUAUUAGAUUUGUGUGAGAAUUGCCAGCAUCCGAGGACCCUGUUGAAAUCAUUUCCAAUCAAAGCUACUGGACAGCGGGGACUAUAUUUAUAUGUGUAGAAUACAGGAAAAAUGCCGAAGAAGCUACCCAGGAAGAUGCAGUGUUCGUGUUGAUUUAAAUUAAUUUGCUAGGAGCCCUGUAGCUGAGAUGAAGGAAUUAAUAGCUGCCUUGUUGGGAGUCCUGGCCCUCUAUAUUCCAGUCGGUGAUUGUGUUCAAGAAUUUGAGCAGCGUCCAAUGAACAAGAGCGUUAUUGAGGGACAGAAUGUCAUGCUUGAGUGUUCUGUCCGAGAUUUGGCUGGAGCCCUUCAGUGGUCCAAAGGAGGAAUCAUGCUCGGUUUGGACCCUAAUCUUCCUGGAUUUGCCAGAUAUUCCAUCAUCAGUAACACACCCUCUCAGUACAACUUAAUGAUAGAGAGUUCCAGGCUGUCCGACGAUUCUUACUAUGAGUGUCAGGCCUCUCCUGCUGGAGGGAACCCACCCCUGAAGGCAAAGGCCUACCUCACAGUGCAAGUACCCCCUGAACAACCAGAAAUUCUUGGGUAUCGUAAUGCAAGCACAGUUGCCCUCAGUCCGGAUGACAAUCAGCUGAUCAUGAUUUGUGAGGUACGGAAUGGCCAUCCAGCAGCCACCAUUGAGUGGUACCGCAACGGUAAUCUAGUGGUAGAAAAUGUUCGCUACUCAUCGGAGCCGACAACGAGUGGAAGUAAGCUGAUGACAGCCAGAAGUACCAUUACCAUCUCCAACAUCGCAGACCACCACAACUCUAUAUACAUGUGUCGCGCCAAAAAUGAUGCAUUGGGAAACAACUGGAUGCAAACCUUUGUUAAACUCAAUGUUCUGUCUCCCCCAGGCACCCCAGAAAUCACAGGCUAUUCGUCAGGUCAGGUGAUUCGUGAGGGGGACACCGUGAGGCUGCUGUGUGUGUCAAGGGGAGGAAACCCACUACCUCAGGUGAAGUGGUACAGGAACAGUGAACAGAUUGACAUAUCGUAUACCACUGACUCAGUGGACGCCAGGUCUCUGAACGAGUACACAUUCUCUGUCAGGAGGGUGGACAAUGACGCCGUCUACAGAUGUGAGGCCUCCAACACUGCCAGCGCGGCUCCUCUCACCUCCGAGGUCUCCCUCAAUGUCUAUUUUCCUCCCCAGUCAGCUACAAUAAGAGGAGGAGGUAUUCCAGUGAAGGCUGGACAGCAGGUGACCUUGACCUGUGAGUCUUCCCUCAGCAACCCCAAGGCUGUGAUAACCUGGUACAGUCGGGGGAAGAUCAUCACUGCUAACAGUGACACAGUGUACACCCCGGGGAGCAAUGGGGGAUUCACCUCGCGGUCCUCUGUCACAGUGACUAUGUCGGAACAGGAGAACAAUGCCAUGUACAUCUGUAAUGCUGUCAGUGAUAACAGGGCACCUGUAGCCACCGCCAAUGUCACCCUCAGUGUGUUGUACCCUCCUGGAGCCCCUACAAUAGAGGGCUACAGUGACAGUGACCAUGUGGUUGAGGACCGGGCAGCGAGGAUGACCUGUAAAUCUGUGGGUGGUAAUCCCACCGCCACCCUCAGGUGGUUCAAGGGUAAUGAGCCUUUGGUGUCGGUGUCCAGCACAAGUGGUAACAUGGUGACAUCAGAGUUAUCCUUCCUGCCCACUCCCGGCGACAACAAUGCCAUCUACAGAUGCGAGGCCACCAACUCUGCCAUCAAUCUGCCGCUGACCGCCGUGGUCAAGCUCAAUGUUUACUUUGCUCCGAAGAGUGUGAAUGUGUCUAUGAACCCUGCUCAGCCUGUAUCGGGCCAGCCCCUCAAUCUCUACUGUACAUCGGAGUCCAGUAACCCACCCGCCACCAUUGUCUGGAUCAAAAAUCACGACCAAACGAGAGAGAUCCGUGGGGUGACGGAGGGAACCCGCCCCGCCCCCAAUGGUGGUUCCAGUACUACCAGUCGUCUAGAGAUCAUGCCCUCCUCCAGCGACCACAAUGCUACAUACUACUGUAAGGCGAAGAAUGAAUACAUCAACAAGUCAACAAGUGAUGGACUGCGCAUCAGCAUUCAAUUUGGUCCGGUGUUUGAACCGUCAAUUGCCCUGAUAGAAAUGAUCGAAAAAGAAUCCAAGACCUUUGAGAUGAGGGCAGUGGCCAACCCAACCUCUAUCACCUACACACUGUACAAGGGCGGCCAGCAGUCCAGUAGCUUCACGCCAAAUAACGGCAAGCUGGUAAUCAGUAAUGUCAGGAGAGAGGAAGCAGGAAACUACUCACUGAAGGCUACCAACUCCAUAGGCAGCGCGUACCACCACUUCCAAGUCAAAGUCAAGUUCCCAGCUGAAAUCACAAGGUUUCAAGGAACAGUGUAUGCCAAUGAGGGAGAAUCAGCCUCCAUAAUCUGUGGGGUUAACGGAAAUCCCGUGGUGGACAAUAUGGCGAGCUGGUCUCGACCAGGGUUCGACAUGUCAAAGACCAAUCAGGUUUAUAGUAACUCAGAAAGACUCAGCCAGAUCACAAUACAUGACUUGCUGCGAACAGACUCGGGGAAGUUCAUCUGUACGGCGGAUAAUAAAGUGUCACCGCCCAAGCGCAGAGAGGCCAGUCUUGUGGUCAGAUAUUUUGCUGGAAUUGACAAGUCAAGACAGUAUGCCAAGGCUGGCGGGAAACAUGGCGAUACAGUGACCCUAACCUGUAAAGCCGAGGGGACCCCAGACAUGACCUUCACCUGGUCAAGGGAAGGGGAGCAGCUACAGACAGACAGCAAGUUUGCCAUCAGAUCGACUUCAGCAUCCAGUAUCUUCGACACUCACUUUGUGAGUAAACUGACGGUGAGGGGAAUCUCCAAGGCAGACUACGGAACAUACACCUGUAAAGCCCGAAACGACAGGGGGGAGGACCAGUUUAAUAUCCAACUCAACGGCACAAGUAAACCUGAUCCCCCCUAUGAUAUGACGUUUGUGAACUCCACUAAGAACAGUAUCACUUUUUCCUGGAAGCCUGGAUUUAAUGGUGGGCUUGACCAGGAAUUUCAAAUUCAGUACCAGAGAAAGGGUUCCACGGUUGUCACCACAACAAGUAUAGAUGUUGACAAGAGUGCGGACAGAAUCGUUCACACAAUCAAAGGGUUGGAGCUAGGUCAUGAAUACAAAAUAGAUGUGUUGGCAAUUAAUGAGUUGGGAAAGACUUGGGAUGAGCAACAAUUCUCAGCCAAAACAGCAGUGUCCUCAGGGUCGAACACUGGGGACUCAGCGACCCCAGCCACCAGACAGAGUGGGGACGACACCCCCGUCAUGAUCAUUCUCGUCGUCUGCAUUGUCGGAAUCUGCCUCCUCGCUCUCAACAUCGCUCUCAUCUUCUUCUUUGUCAGGCGAAGGAGAAAGAGACUCAGCCACAAUGGUACCAGUAACCACACUAAUGCCUUAGAAUUGUAUGCCCCAGGCAAAGACAACACAUACCCCAUGUACCCCAAGACCCCCUCGGAUGAGUACAACAGUUAUGGAACUUACGAAAAGAACAUGGAUGACUUAUCAGAUGAUUUCCGCAACUAUGAGCAUAUUGACCAAAAAAGCACAAGUACCCAUAGCUCCAAUAUACAAUGCAACUGUUAUACGGUGCGAGUGAGUUCCCGCGUUAAUAGAGGGAGCUGCUGUCUGGUGCCAGAGUCGUCGGGCUCCUCGGGGGAUGAAGAUGUUAAGCGAGUGUUUUUACCUCCCCCUGCCUACCGCCCAUACACACCCAACAAACUUGACUCGCCUCAUCUCAGCACUCAUAAAGCAUACUUAUCAGACUCGCGCUCAUAUAUAGACGAUGACAGGGAGACCAGCUGGCAGUACGAGGAUCCUUAUAGAAUUAAAGGACGAAAAGGAACGUUUGACCCAGCUUAUGACCAUGGAUCACAAACUGUCUUAGAUACAGAGAAUGACAGAUACUAUGAGGAGACCAGACCAAAGAGUAUAACUGACCUGUCGGAACGGUCCAGUCGACCUCCCAGUCGUAGCGUCAAUUACCGCACCACACCCCCUCCCCCACCCCCCGUCCGAUCAUCAAGCAAGGGUGCCGCCAUGAAUUACGUCAAUCAUACAGCUCCACCACUGCCAGACAGAAACUACGACGCUGAGGAGGUUCAGCAGAACUACAAUCCUCGAUACACGCCGUCUCCAGGUUCCAUUGCAUCAUUUUCAAACAACCCCAAUGUGAUCACAAAUCCAAACUAUGAUGGACCUCCGAUGCAUGCGUCGCGGACAAACGUUGUGCCUGACGACAUGCGAGGACAUCUUGUGUGAUGAUUCAGAAUUCCAGUAUUAUGUGAUAGUGAGAGUGAUUACAAUGCAGCUAGGAUAACAUAGUGUUCCUUCAGACAACGGGGGUUCUCUCAAUAGAGGGUCCUUCACCAAAUAUAGACAGAGCACUGCAGUUCUGAGGAAGUUUUAGCACAAAAACUUGUCCUUCAAGUCUCUGACUUGUCAUACAAGUCUUGAACUUGUUUUAUAAGUCUCAAACUUUUCUUUACAAAAGAGUGUUUCCUUUUAAGGGAAAUGUGCAAUAAGGAAAAAAAACUUUGGUUCCAUUUUUGUGAUAAUGGAAAAAGAACAUUCCUGACUUGUGAACGAGUCAUUUUCUGUGAGAUACAUGAAGUGGCUACUUUAAUGGACAGAGUAUGUGUAAGAGUCUGCUUUAUGAUGUUCUAGAUGUAUCGGCUACCUGUUCAACAUUUCUGUUUUGUUUGAUAAUGAAAAAAGUAUACUUCAUUCAAAUAUAAAUAUGCAUAUCAGUUUAGUAUCAUAUUAGAUUUCAUCUUCAUAUUUAUUUUCCAAUUGUUUAUUAUGGUUGUGAGUGGCUGUCAUAGUGAAUGUGUAUGUGUUUGAUGUGAAACUGGUACAGAUAUUAGCCUUAUACUGUAUUCGCAGUAUUGCUGCAGAAUAAUUGUGAACCACUUGCCAAAGACAACAGAUUUGUUUGUACAGAGAAGUAAAUACUUACUAGCUUUCUGAUUGAGCAUGUUUUUUUUUCAAAUUAUAUUACAGGCAUAAGAGAGUUAUCUGUUCCACAACGAACCCUGUGAAAUAUUGGGCAGGAUGUUGAUAUUUUUAUGAAUGAGAAAUACUCAUGUUCUUUUUUUUUUUUAAUACAGUAGAUGUUAUAGUGCUGGUACAACAGUGGUAGUCCCGUAGGGACAUUUCCUUAUCACAAUGCCCUUUCAGUUCCAGUUUAAUAGUUUUCUUGCAUUUAUAAGAAUUUUAUGAUGAUUAUAAAAAUUAAUGAUCUUGUGGACAAGAAAAAAUGUCGCACAAUCAAAAAAUGCUGGAGAAGUAUGUGAACGAAUAAAUGUUUAUAAUGAAAAA